CCCAACAACCACCACCACCACUGUGGCUUCUACUACGGCAAUUAAAACUGCAGGUCCUACAACAACAACCACAAUUGCUGCUCCUACAAUGACUACAACUGCAGCAUCUACAAGUACAACCACAAUUGUACUUCCUACCUUGACAACGACAACUGCAACUUUUACCUCAACUUCUAUGGCUUCAGUGACAGCAACAACUAGAUUUGGCACAGUGAUGUUUUUUGUUAGACUGAUGUUCCAGCUCAACACACCAGUCCCCACUAAGGAUGAUGUCCUUGGUGCCGUCGACAAGCAACUGUAUCGUCAAUUCAACAAUCAGACGAACACUCAAACCACCUUCCAGAAUGGAACUUAUAUCAAACUUACAGAUACUUCAUUUGCCGUCGAUCUUGGUUUCAAAAUAACCAAUGUAACCAUGGAGUCGCAAAGCAAUAGCCUCACUUUCACCAAUGAGACCUACAGCCAGAUAGAGGAUUCAAUUAACAGCCUACUCCAUGAUAUUCUUUGUAAACCAGACGGCAAACAGUUUGACUUUCCCAAACCCAACUUCACUACUGUUGGCACUCAAAUCAGGGCAGACGUGAUGUAUGUAUACAAAAAGGAAGACAUCAACCUCCCUAGUGCUUUUCUAGAGGAAGUCUUAAAAGUCUCAGGUCUCCUGCCAACCACUGUUGCCCCAACAACCACCACCACCACUGUGGCUUCUACUACGGCAAUUAAAACUGCAGGUCCUACAACAACAACCACAAUUGCUGCUCCUACAAUGACUACAACUGCAGCAUCUACAAGUACAACCACAAUUGUACUUCCUACCUUGACAACGACAACUGCAACUUUUACCUCAACUUCUAUGGCUUCAGUGACAGCAACAACUAGAUUUGGCACAGUGAUGUUUUUUGUUAGACUGAUGUUCCAGCUCAACACACCAGUCCCCACUAAGGAUGAUGUCCUUGGUGUCGUCGACAAGCAACUGUAUCUUCAAUUCAACAAUCAGACGAACACUCAAACCACCUUCCAGAAUGGAACUUAUAUCAAACUUACAGAUACUUCAUUUGCCGUCGAUCUUGGUUUCAAAAUAACCAAUGUAACCAUGGAGUCGCAAAGCAAUAGCCUCACUUUCACCAAUGAGACCUACAGCCAGAUAGAGGAUUCAAUUAACAGCCUACUCCGUGCUAUUCUUUGUAAACCAGACAGCAAACAGUUUGACUUUCCCAAGCCCGACUUCACUACUGUUGGCACUCAAAUCAGGGCAGACGUGAUGUAUGUAUACAAAAAGGAAGACAUCAACCUCCCUAGUGCUUUUCUAGAGGAAGUCUUAAAAGUCUCAGGUCUCCUGCCAACCACUGUUGCCCCAACAACCACCACCACCACUGUGGCUUCUACUACGGCAAUUAAAACUGCAGGUCCUACAACAACAACCACAACUGCUGCUCCUACAAUGACUACAACUGCAGCAUCUACAAGUACAACCACAAUUGUACUUCCUACCUUGACAACGAUAACUGCAACUUUUACCUCAACUUCUAUGGCUUCAGUGACAUCAACAACUAGAUUUGGAACAGUGGUGGUUUUUGUUAGACUGAUGUUCCAGCUCAACACACCAGUCCCCACUGAGGAUGAUGUCCUUGGUGCCUUCAACAAACAACUGUAUCAUCAAUUCAACAAUCAGACAAACACUCAAACCACCUUCCAGAAUGGAACUUAUAUCAAACUUACAGAUACUUCAUUUGCCAUCGAUCUUGGUUUCAAAAUAACCAAUGUAACCAUGGAGUCGCGAAGUAAUAGAAUCACAUUCACCAGUGAGACCUACAGCCAGAUACAGGAUUCAAUUAACAGCCUACUCCGUGCUAUUCUUUGUAAACCAGACAGCAAACAGUUUGACUUUCCCAAGCCCGACUUCACUACUGUUGGCACUCAAAUCAGGGCAGACGUGAUGUAUUUAUACAAAGAGGGAGAAAUCAACCUCCCUAGUGCUAUUCUAGAGGAAGUCUUAAAAGUCUCAGGUCUCCUGACAACCACUGUUGCCCCAACAACUACCAGCACCACACCACUGCUUACCGUUUUGCUGACCACUCCUUUCAAUACCACAAGUGGUGGAGGUUUUCCUGGCUGGGCUCUGGCCAUUAUCAUCCCUUGUGGCAUCGCUAUCAUUCUGGUACCACUGUGGAUCCUGCUUUGUUGCAUGCUGUGUGGCUGCUGUGCAGCUGUAAGGAGACGCUGGCACAGACGUAGAUCUUACAAUGUACAGUACACCACCAGAAACGGCCUCUUCUGAGGUGACAACACUAACAUCUGUGGGCAACUGUCAUCACAAGAACAGCCAAUCAUCUAUAUCUGCUAAUCACGGGACUUUAAUGCAUGGAAAAUCACUUGUGACUACACACCAUUGCAUCUGAGAAGAUCAAGUGUGGACUUCCAUAUAUUUUUAUCAUAAAAAGAAAAUUGAUAAUAGGCAACAUGUUUUUUGUGCAAUGUACUACCUUUUAUAUAAUGCAUCUGGUUGUUAAUCAACGUUACAGCUGAGCUGAACAAAGUAUGUUUAUAUAUUUAUUAACUAUGUCAUGUGUGGUUUCAAGCUGUGCUGUCCACUGACUAAAACGGUUAUCACUUAUUUAUUUAAUGUAUAAUAAGCUUCAUUACAAUAAUAUUUUUUGUUGUUUUGUUAUUUCCUCUCUUGAUUAACUAUGAACUAAUUUAUUUUAAAAUCUGCAAUACAGUACUUGUUACUUCAUCUUACAGUUUGACAAAUGUAAUAAAAAUACUUUAUGAAUGGGUUUGACUGCAUGGUGAUUACAGACAGCACAUCUACACAUCAAAAGUAGUCAAAAUUGUCCGACCUGGCACCUUAAA